AUGUGCGGUAUCUUCGCGUGCCAUUGCCAUCCUGAUGUACAAAACUUCCGGCCCACAGCGAUUCGUAUGGGCAAGCAGAUAAAGCAUCGCGGUCCCGACUGGAGUGGAAACCACAUAGCCAACAACACCAUCCUCGUUCACGAACGCCUCGCUAUUGUCGGUGUCGACACCGGCUCGCAACCAUUGCUUAGUCAAGACGAAGGCAUUGCCUUAGCUGUUAAUGGGGAAAUCUACAACCACAAGAUUUUACGCAAACAGUUGAAGACCUCAUAUAUUUUUAGAACGCAUUCAGACUGUGAAGUCAUUAUACCUCUCUACCAACAAAAUGGCAUCGAUACUCCUAAGUUCCUAGAUGGCAUGUUCAGCUGGAUUUUGCACGACGAAAAGCAAGAUCGUUUGAUUGCUGCAAGAGAUCCAGUCGGCAUCACCAGCUUUUAUGUUGGACGGUCGUCGACAUACCCAGGCGCGCUGUUCUUUGCUUCUGAGCUGAAAAGCCUGCACCCUGUAUGCGAUGGAAUUGACCCUUUCCCGCCGGGCCAUGUCUACGACAGCAAGACCGGUGCUUUCGAAAGAUACUUCACUCCUAGAUGGCUGGUCGAGCCAAAGUACAUCCCGACAAGCCGUCUUGAUCUAGGUGUGCUCCGCGAAAUGUUCGAACGGUCCGUGAGAAAGAGAUUAAUGGCUGAGGUGCCUUACGGCGUGCUACUCUCAGGAGGUCUAGACAGCUCUUUGGUCGCCGCAAUCGCGCAGCGAGAAACGCUUCGCCUGCAGAACGAGCGUGCUCGGCAAAAGGCAUCGCUUUCAGGCACCAGCACUCCGACAAUCAACGGCAUAGCCAAUGGUACCGCACUUCCGUCUCGGACGAGCGAGCAGACCCUUGCCGGUGUCGACGAAAACUACCACCUCGACUCAGCUAUAAUUCUUUCGCAGCUCCACAGCUUCUCGAUUGGUUUGCCGGACGCUCCAGAUACCAAAGCGGCUCAAGAAGUGGCCAAAUACCUGGACACUCGGCAUCACGCCUUUACAUUUACUAUUCAGGAAGGUCUUGACGCUCUAUACGAUGUCAUAUUUCACUUGGAGACUUUUGACGUCACGACAAUUCGCGCAAGUACGCCAAUGUUUCUGCUAUCGCGCAAGAUUAAGGCGAUUGGUGUGAAGAUGGUGCUUUCUGGCGAAGGCUCGGACGAGAUUUUCGGUGGCUAUCUCUACUUCCACAACGCACCUGACAAAAACGCAUUCCACAAAGAGACUAUACGGCGGAUCCAAAACCUUCACUUGGCUGACUGCUUACGAGCAAACAAGAGCACUUCAGCCUGGGGUGUUGAGGCUCGCAUGCCAUUUCUCGAUAAGCAAUUCCUGGACGUUGCCAUGAAUAUUGACCCACAAGAGAAGAUGAUCACUCCAGACCGCAUCGAAAAGUACAUACUGCGCAAAGCUUUCGAUACAGAGGGCGAGCCAGGCGCGAAACCAUAUCUUCCCCAGCAUAUCCUAUGGCGGCAAAAGGAGCAAUUUAGUGACGGUGUAGGUUAUAGUUGGAUCGAAAGUCUUAAACACGAGGCGGAAAAAACAGUCACCGAUGAGCAAAUGGUUCCGGCCAACAUUAGGGAAGAGAAGCCCCAUUGGGGUGACGAUAUACCCGAUUCGAAGGAAGCAUACUGGUAUAGGUGUAUGUUUGAUGAGCACUUCCCAUCGUACUGCGCCAGUACUGUGCAGAGAUGGGUGCCUACAUGGAGCAUGCAGACGGAUCCUUCGGGACGGGCCAUUGGGGCUCACGCACAGGCAUACAAGGUUAGCAACGGCCUGUGCGUUCAUUGA